CAAAGGCGUAAAUACCUCUGUUAGCGGGGUGUGUGGCAAGAUAGCAGUACGAUGGGUUCACAUAGUAGCCUGAAUGUUAUCGCUAGUCUGUGUACAUGUAAAUAGAUUUGCCGUGAGCUGGUUUGCCUCAGCGCCAACGAGAAGUUGCUGCAGUAUGCUAUGUGGCUAGUUUGUUUUGACAAUGCGCUUCAGCCCACAGGGUCCAUUUGAGAUGAGCUAGUCACGAAUGACUGAAUGAAGGAAACACAAAGACCAUAGCACAUAAGUGGACUUUAAUCUUAUUACAUCCGUACAAUGCAAAUUACAAAUAGCCACCGCACAGUGAGAUACACAGUGUCUUUUUAAAGGAGCUCGGCUGUUGCAGUCAUUAAAACUUAAGUCCGACAACGGUUGAACAAGAGGGACUGUUGUUUUAUUCAGAAUCUGAGACUUGCUGUGUAAGUGGACCAAUGGCUCCGGCAUUGUUUACUUGUAGGAGGCGUGAGCAGCUCCAAAGUCAUGUCCAGAUCGGGUGACCGGACCUCCACGUUUGACCCGACUCACAGCGACACACUGCUGCAUGGGCUGAACCUGCUGUGGAGGAAGCAGCUGUUCUGCGAUGUGACUCUGACGGCUCAGGGACAGCAAUUCCACUGCCACAAAGCGGUGCUCGCCUCCUGCUCGCAGUACUUCAGGUCUCUCUUCUCCACACACAUGCUGAACAGCGAGGGGCUCGGCAGCGGCAAGGACCAGGGCAGCAGCGGCACCCCCUCCUCCUCUCCGGACGACAAGCUCCUGCCCAGCCCGCGCUCCAUCAACAACCUGGUGCUGCAGGGCUGCUCCUCCAUCGGCUUGCGGCUGGUUCUGGAGUACCUGUACACCGCUAACGUGACCCUGUCUCUGGACACGGUGGAGGAGGUACUAUCCGUCAGCAAGAUCCUCAACAUCCCCCAGAUCACCAAGCUCAGUGUGCAGUUCCUGAACGACCAGAUCUCUGUGCAGAACUACAAGCAGAUCUGCAAGAUCGCUGCCUUGCACGGGCUGGACGAGACCAAAAAGCUCGCCAACAAGUACCUAGUGGAGGACGUGCUCCUGCUGAACUUCGAGGAGAUGUGUGCCAUGCUGGACGCCCUGCCGCCCCCUGUGGAGUCGGAGCUGGCUCUCUUUCAGAUGUCUGUCCUGUGGCUAGAGCACGACCGCGAGACGAGAAUGCACUACGCCCCGGAUCUGAUGAAGCGGCUUCGCUUCGCCCUCAUCCCGGCCCCGGAGCUGGUGGAGAGGGUGCAGUCUGUGGACUUCAUGAGGAGCGACCCCGUGUGUCAGAAGCUCCUGCUGGACGCCAUGAACUACCACCUGAUGCCCUUCAGACAGCACUGCAGACAGACUACAGCCAGCAGGAUUCGUUCCAACAAAAAAAUGCUACUCUUGGUUGGAGGUCUGCCUCCUGGACCUGACCGUCUUCCCAGUAAUCUAGUACAGUAUUACGAUGAUGAAAAGAAGACAUGGAAGAUCCUUACAAGUGGAGAGGACCAGUGGAAUCCAAAUGGUAAACACAGCACUAAUUUUGUCAGUCGAUAUGACCCAAGAUUCAACAGCUGGAUACAGCUCCCUCCAAUGCAGGAGAGAAGGGCAAGUUUCUUUGCCUGUUGCCUCGAUAAACACCUCUAUGUAAUUGGGGGCAGGAACGAGACAGGCUAUCUCUCCAGCGUGGAGGCCUAUAACCUGGAGACUAAUGAGUGGAAUUACGUUUCAUCCCUUCCCCAGCCACUUGCAGCACACGCCGGGGCUGUCCAUAAUGGCAAAAUCUACAUCUCAGGUGGAGUCCACAAUGGGGAGUACGUGUCCUGGCUGUACUGCUAUGACCCAGUGAUGGAUGUGUGGGCCAGGAAACAGGACAUGAACACUAAACGUGCCAUACAUGCCCUUGCUGGAAUGAAUGAUCGCCUCUAUGCUAUUGGUGGAAAUCACUUAAAAGGAUUCUCUCAUUUGGAUGUGAUGUUGGUGGAAUGCUACGACCCUAAAGCAGAUCAGUGGAACAUCCUCCAGACGCCCAUUCUAGAGGGGCGCAGUGGCCCUGGUUGUGCUGUUUUGGAUGACAGCAUUUUCCUUGUUGGAGGCUAUAGUUGGAGCAUGGGGGCGUACAAGUCAUCCACCAUCUGCUACAGUCCAGAGAAGGGCACAUGGACUGAGUUGGAAGGGGAAGUGGCAGAGCCUUUAGCUGGACCAGCAUGUGCUACUGUCAUACUGCCAGCUUGCCUGCCAUUUAACAAAUGACAGAGCGUGGCUAAAAGCACAUUCAGAGAUCAAGCAAGCCCUUAGGAUGGAUAGAAGGUCCAUCGAUAAACACAACGUAUGAGAGACUGUCUAUAAGUAAUGCCCUUGAUUGGAUAGGAGGUGUACAAAUUAUUUUUUUACAAGUCUGACAAGAGCACUUUCUUUCUUUAAUACUUUAAAGUUUUAAAAAUACGUAUUAUUUGAUUUGAUGUAUUUGUUGCUCUUCUGUGUUGACAUUGAAAUGUUCACCAUUAAUCUGUUUUUUUUAUUGUAAAUGUUUUGGCUUAACUUGAUAUAGCACGCAUACUCUUCAACUGAACUGAUAUAGCUUCCAUUUGUACUUUGUAUUUUGUGCAAAGCAUUAUUCAGAGGUGAUGCAAUGUUUGAUCGAAAUGUGUUUAUGUCCUGGAAAGAACCAACAAAAGGAUUGUAUUUAAUUCCAAACCAUUAUUCCGUGUACACUGUAGAGUAGAAUCCUGUUUACCACAUUUCUGCUUGUUAAAUAUCGUAGCCGUUCUAUAUGGUACAUCAUUUGUACAGAGGGGAGACGAGGAAGCAGUCAAAAUAAAGAUCCUCUCAGAAUAAUACAAACCAAUAAUGAGGACUAAAAUGGAUGAACAAUCAAAAUGUUUACUGAGCCAUGUGCUGUAUAUGCAUGGCCUGAAGUAAGAACCUUAUUUUAUGGUGGGUGCAUUUGCUUUGUUUAAGAUAUUACCUGUUAAUGUUUAACAGUGCCUAUUUCUACGAUAAGGUAAAUUAUUUCCUGUGUGCCAGAAAAUAAUCAUCAUGAAAUAUUGUUAAUAAUUGGUCCAGUACAAAAUUGAUUAAUCUUUCUGACCCAUUCAGCACU